AUGAGAGAGACCUCGGCCAGUGGUCUUUCAUGGCGGCGUCUGAUAUUCUUCGCUUCGAUUGGUCUUCAGUUCGUCUUAGGUCUAUCCGGUGAUUCCAAGAAUACGAAUACAGGAGGAGCUAAAGCUGAAUCUCAUACUUCUUCCAGCAAAACAGGCACAAAAGUAAUCCUCAUACUGGUCGGAUUUGUGGCUGUAGCGAUGUUCUCGUUCUUCCUAUACAAGCUAUGGCAGAAGAAGAAAAGAGAUGAGCAGUAUGCUCGACUGUUGAAGCUGUUUGAGGAAGAUGAUGAACUGGAGGUUGAGUUAGGCCUUCGAGAUUAA